UUCUAUAUGGGGAUGCAGAGGGAUGUGUAAACAUAAUACUUAUGACAUCAGUUGGAGAGAUGCUUAGAAAACCUACAGCUGUACUCAAAGGACACUCCGCACCCAUUUGCUAUCUCUACAUUGACACGGGGGAAUCCCAUUUCUUCUCAGUGUCCAUGGACAACACUGUUAAGAUCUGGAAUGCCGAAGAUCAGACAUGCUUGUUCACUGCUCACCCUAGAGCCAGCCUGAUCAGUGGGGAUAUAUCUGCAGCCCUCUAUUCCCCAGCAGUGAAUACACUAUACAUUGCUACAGACUCAGUGGCCAUGUUGUCCCUUAGGACAAGGCCCAAGCCUCAGCCUCGUGUGGUGAUGUCCCACAGUGAGCCAGUGUUGUGCUGUGGCUACAGUAAAGAGUUCAGGCAGGUGGUCAGCUGCACUGAAGGAUCUGUGAGUCGCCUAUUCUCUCUCUCUCUGAACAUCACACUGAACUCCCAAUAUGUCCCUUAA